AUGGUUCCCGUUCUUGAGCGCGAGCGUUGCGCGGCUCAUGGCGUGGUUCCACCUUACACCCAACACGAGCUCUGCCGCAGGGGGCUUGACGAACUCGUCAACGAUGUCAUUCUCAGUCCGGAUUUCGAGAAGGCGGACUUUGAGGGCUUUUCCGCGCGCAAAGAAUUGGAGCGGCUCGAUAAAGCCGCCGACAUUCUUCCGGGGGAGCCACCGAGUGGAUGGCACGAAGGUUCAGUGAAGAUUCGGCUGCCGUCUCGCCAACCCGACUUCAAUGGGCCGGAGGAGGAUGCACCCAAGUUUACGGUGGGCGGUAUAAUGUACCGUCCGCUUCUGGAAGUUCUGGAGGAGGUAGUAAAGGGUCCGCUCUUCGAGCAUUUCCACACGACACCAUUCGCGCAGCGUUGGGACCGCGAACACGACCCCCGCGACCCGGAUUUCGACAUGCCGCCCGUAGACGCUCCUGUCGACAACAGCGGCAUUCCUCCCCCUUCCAACUCGCCACGAGACGCUGUACAGCGAGAGACAGUCGUUGCAGCCUUCAUGCUGUUCUCCGACUCCACCCAUCUCGCCAACUUUGGCAUGGCCUCGCUCUGGCCGCUCUAUGUCUUCUUCGGUAACCACUCGAAGUACUUCCGCUGCACACCCACAGGCAAUUUCGGGUUCCAUGCAGCGUAUUUUCCUUCGCUGCCGGACGACAUCCACGACUUCUUCAGCACCACGUUCAAUGGCGAGAAGCUCCGUCCUGAGGUUGUAACCCAUCUCAAGCGUGAGCUGAUGCAUGCUGUUUGGGCAAUGCUGCUCGACGGCAAAUUCCUUGAUGCCUACGAGAACGGCAUCCGAAUCGUGUGUCUCGAUGGUAUCGAGCGCCUCUUCUUCCCGCGUUUCUUCACAUAUGGGGCUGAUUAUCCGGAAAAAGUAUUGCUCGCUACUAUCCGGAACCUUGGAGGCUGUCCCUGCCCCAAGUGUCUGAUCAAGCUGACGGAGAUACCGAAUGUCGGCACCAAGGCUGACCUCAAACGACGUGCAAACAAGCGGGUGGACACAGAGCGGUGGCGAGACACAAUUGAAAUGGUCCGACGGUGGAUAUUCGAGAAUGGGCGACUGGUUGCGGGAAAAGCAGUGAACACUGUUCUGCAGCCGUUCUCCUGGAUUCCUACACGGAAUGCGUUUUCAAAGCUCGUGCCAUUUGGGCUCAAUCUUUUUGAUAUGUUUGUCCCCGACCUGCUACAUGAAGUUGAGCUGGGGACUAUCAAGCAGACAUUCACGCAUACUGUCCGGCUACUUAAUGCUUGCACUGAUGAUGGUAUUCAGCAGUUCGAUGAGCGAUUCCGCCAAGUUCCUUCAUUUCCAGGAACUAUUCGGCCUAUCCAUACAAACCCAUCCGACAUGAAGAAACUGGCUGCGCGGGAUUUUGAAGAUAUGGGACAGUGCAUUCUUCCAGUCAUCGAAGGCCUGAUCCCAGAGCACAACGAGCUUCUUCAAGACAUCUGGUUUGACCUGAUGCUCUACCACGGGCUAGCCAAGCUGCGAUUACACAACGAUUCAACUCUUGCAGAGCUUGAUCGUGUCUACAAGGCUCUUGGUGCUAAUCUGCGGAGGUUUGAGCGGGAAACAAGUGGAGCGGACACACGAGAGCUUGCAAAAGAGUUCCGCGGGCGAAUUCGACGAGCAACAGAGGCAGUGAGAAGACAGCGAGAAGCAGAUGGCCAGCGAGAGGAGGAGGAGAUCAUUCUAGACUCCGAGACAACAACGCAUAAGGUUAUUAUGGGCCAUCUAUACGGCGAUUUGGGACGACUGAUUCAUACUCAACCCAGACGGCUGAGCUUUCGCACCGUCUUGUUAAGCGUCUAUAUGGACUUACAAAUCGUCGCCGCGUUGAGCGCCAGAUUGCUAUUCGGGAACACCGAUUGCGAAGUUCUGCGACGCAUGCGCCAGCGGAUGAACCCAUCUAGUUCGACGUCGACAAAACCAGUCUCCUCCAUGUCACUUCCAACCACCACCGCCAGUAGUCGCCACCGGUUCCAGCCCAUCGAUGAUGAUCUCACCAAGACGCCACCCCGUCAUCAUCAUCACAUCUCUGAGUCCCAACGCACUUUCAUUACGACUCAUGAACUUGUCAAUGAUCCUGACUUUACUGGCGAUCCCGCACUCAAGGUAACUAGCUAUAAAAAUUUGUUAUUUGUGAACUUGCUGGGUGAUGAUAGCGGAAAGGGUGGUGAUGAGCUGCCGCUGAACGACAAGGAAGCGCUGGAGCUGGCGGAGCUAGACCGGGUGUAG